UAGUACCUCAUCAUGGAACGGAGGUGCCCUUAGGUUCUAAGGCUAUGAGAAUAGAGGCAAAACACCAGCACAUCCCAUCAAGAUGGAAAGUCUUAGAAUAAAGGUACUAUGUGACUAUCCUUCAUCCAGAGGUAGGUUUUCUGUAGAUGGACACAUCAUCAGAUGUUUGAUCACUGAUUGGUUUUAUUUAUUUAUUUUUGAAGCCUAGCUGUACAUGAAGUGCAGGAUCACACUGCUGGGAAGUAUUUCAGCUGGAAUUUGAACCUUGGCUUCCUAGUCCAGUGUUCUAUCUACUCUGCCACGUUACCUUUUAACUAGCUGAAAGUGGACUGGUGUGCUUCCAGAGUUGGUGGGCUCCCCUGACGAUCAGCAAUAUUCAAGCAGGGGCAGUUUGACCACUUGUCAGGUUUCAUGAUAGCCUUUCCCUUGCCAGCGGGGCAGUCCUGGGGUGGUUGUGGCAGUGCCUGCCAUCUACUGGUGAAAGAGAAUCAUCAUCGUAUUGACCAGUCUGCAUGAUCCUAAUGGUCAGACAGAUGCUAUUCCCUUGUGACACUGCUUAGACAUCCAGGGACAGCCAAUUGGGGGCCACCAGAAUUAUGAUGGAGAAAAGAGGUGAAAUGGCACCCCAGUACCAAGAAAUGAGACCUUGGGGCUUUGACUCCAACACCACACUUCUGAUGAAGAGACCCGAGUUGCGCUUGCAUUUUGGCCAAGGAUUUGCCUCCCCGACAAAGAUGUGACUGGCUCCCAGCUCAGGAAGGGAUCUGAUGAUAUGGAGCCAGAAUUAAACUGCUCUGAUCUGUGUCACCGUAUUCCCAGCCAGGAAGUGAAUGACAGGCCACUUCAGGAUUUUUGUGGAAUAGCUAUAACCUCUUCUGACCUUGGCACUGAGCCCACCUCGUUGUCUUCUGCCCUCUUGGGCAUUGUGUGGACCUCCCUCAGUGGUGGACUUCUCCUGGUACUCUACUUUCUCAUCUUCACAGUCCGAUGUAGGAACAACAGGAUUGUGAAGAUGUCCAGUCCCAAUCUGAACAUUUUGACCUUGAUGGGCAGUGGUCUGACAUAUGCAAGCGCAUAUCUCUUUGGGGUUCCUGAUCAAGAUAUUUUUCUGGGACCCUCCAUGACAACACUCAUUCAGAUCAGACUGUCCCUACUAUGUGUUGGGAGUUCCCUAAUAUUUGGCCCCAUACUGGGGAAGAGCUGGAGACUAUACAAGGUUUUUACCCAGCGAGUUCCAGACAAGAGAGUGAUUAUUAAAGACCUACAGCUGCUUGGGCUGGUAGCAAUCCUGGUGAUGGUGGACGUUAUCCUGCUUAUGAUAUGGGUAUUGUCUGAUCCCAUUCAGUGCCUUCAGAUUCUCCGUUUUACAGUGAGGAUGACAGAGAGAGAUAUCACCUGUUCCAUGACCAAGACAUACUUCUGUGCCUCCCUUUACUCAGAUCUCUGGAUUACCCUCUUUUUGGGAUAUAAGGGUAUAGUGCUGCUCUAUGGUGCCUACCUGGCUGGGCGGACAGACCACGUCAGCUCUCCACCAGUGAAUCAGUCCCUGACCAUCAUGGUUGGAGCCAAUCUUGUUGUGCUGGCUGCUGGGCUCCUUUUCUUGGUCACCAGAUUCUUCCAUGACUGGCCCAAUCUCGUCUUUGGACUCACAGCUGGAGGCAUCUUUGUUUGCACCACAACGAUCAACUGCUUCAUCUUCAUUCCACAAUUGAAGCAGUGGAAGCCAUUUGAUGAAGAAAACCAAACAGUUGGCCAUAUGGCAAAAUACUUCAGCAGCCCCAGCAGAAGCUUCCAUGCCCCAUAUAGUGAGGAACAGAUCUACCAUCUAAUAGGGGAGAAGAACUCCAUGAAAAAACUCCUGACUGAGAAAAAUGCUGUGAUUGAAAGCCUACAGGAGCAAGUGAAUAAUGCAAAAGAGAAACUGAUGAAACUGAUGUCAGGCGAAUGCACCAAUGAUCAUCCUAGUGGAGGAGCCACUCCUGUCUUUGCUCAGGGCAAGGCUAGUCCCACAGAAGCUGAUCAAAAACAAGUCCACGGGGGUGUGGGUGCUGAAGGUCUCUUCAACAGUCUGUCGGAUUCUGGUGGGGAACCAUGCCCUGUUUUCCCAGAUACACAAUGUGGUCCAGCCCUCUUAACUAGUUUACAGAGUCUUAAGGAUCUCGUAGAGGAUCAAAACUCUUCCCCACAACACCAAGAGCAGAUUUCUAACUCAGAAGAUAUGCUUGAUCAUUUACACUUGGAAAACACCCAGAAGCAACAGGUUUCCCAGAGUGGUGGCCCGAAAGCAGGAGACCAGGGGCUGACAUCCCCAAGCCCGAAUCUUAUACAGGAUCCCAAAGCCAAUAUUUCUCAGAGACAGAAGCAGCUCAGAAAUUCGGAGACAUUCCAUGAGCAGCCAUCAAAGAUUAAUUAUGUGAGCAGUGAGAUGCUUCAAGAGGUCUUACAAGAACUAAGUCUAGGCAAAGUAACUAACCCUUCUUGUUCUCCCAGUGGCCCUCAGUGUCUCAGCCCCAGCAUGCACCAGGAGGAUAGUGCUGCCCACAGUCCCCAAAAGAGGUUUCCCUCUAAUGACAUGGGCAUUAGCCCGUACAUGGUGAGAAGGAGGCGGGCAGCUCAACGAGCCUCCAUGCGUUUCCUAGGGUCUGUGCCUUCACAAACAUGGUGCCUAAUGAACAAGACAGUUUCCAGGACACAGAGUGGACUGAAGGUUCAGAGUGAGAAUAGGUUCAACCAGGAGCUCCAGGCUGGGGACCCUGAGGGACAAAAGUUCAUUUCAUGGAAGCCUUCCCUACUCACUCCAGCCCGAGGUAGUCUGAGCCCUCCAGCUGAGAACAGGCAGAGCCAUUCUGAGGAUAAUAGGACCAGAGUAAGAGUAAGAGAUGGAGUCCCCAACCAGUCUUCCUGCUCUGGUCCCACAGAACAUCAAGUUGGCCCUCUCCUUUCCAGUAACCCACCGAGUCUCCUAGGGCUAGAGCGGCCACAGCUGAAUGCCCGGGGGCGUACGGGCUGGCCAGCUCUGCCUUCCUUAUGUGACUAUGGAGAUUCGGAGUCCAGUAGCUCCGAUGAGCCAUUCUGCCGCUGCCAUCGGCCUUACUGUGACAUCUGCUUCCAGAGUUCUAGUGACUCUGGUGACAGUAGCACCUCCGAGAAUGAUCCUGAACCACCACAGGGCAGAGCCCACUGGGCCAAAAUGUAUGCCAGGUCCCAGCCUAUUGUGAACUUCAGAGAGGACCUGAAACCCACAUUGGUAUAAAAAGGAGUAGAGCCAGUCUAUUUUAAAAGGGGACAAUGAUGCCCCCAGAGGUCUGCAGGAGAAGCUUUCGACUCCAAGGAAAUGAACCUAAGUUCAUCCUGCAAGAAUUUAAUGAGCAACUGCUCCGUUCAUGACCAACUCACUGUGUGACCCUGGUGAAGUCAUUUCUUCCCUUUAUUAUUCAGUCUUUCCAUUUAUAAACUAGAAUGCUGUUACCCGCCUUGUCACUACCUCACAGGGGAUCACUGGCAGUCCCUGAUGGGAUGUCCGCAAAAUCAUUAAGUUGUUGAGAGGAAAACUUCAGUUCAAUGAAAAGAAAAACUUCUUAACAACUAAAGUUAUUCCAGGGUAGAAUGUGAAGCCUGAGGAGGGGCGGGAUAGGGGGAUGAAUCCUUACCUGGUGGAGAUGCUGUAAAAAGUCUUCCUUCAAAGGGAGGAGGCAGCUGCAUGACUCAGUGGAUUGAAAGCCAGGUCUAAAGGCAGGAAGCAGAGGUCCUGGGUUCAGAUGUGGCCUCAGACAUUUCCUAGCUGUGUGACCCUGGGCAAGUCACUUAACCCCCAUUGCAAAACCCUUGCUGUUCUUCUGCCUUAGAAACAGCACACAGUAUUGAAUUUAAGAUGGAGGGUAAGGGUGGCUUCCUUCUGAGGCAUCAAGUUAGAUGAGAUGCCUUCCCACUCUGUAACUCUGUGGUUCUAUAAGGUGCUUUUGAGAUUCAUGGGUAAAAGGCAUGAUAUGUGAGUACAGAGUUUGUAUUGAAACUAUAAUGGUUGCACUGAAUUUGUUGGUGCCUGAUUAUUGAAUGAAUGGACAAAUGGAUGCCUGAAAUCUAUGGAGCCAGUUCAGAUACAUGAAGCUGAGACUGUGGGCAGAAUGGGAUCUAUUUUCGGAAUAAGUACACAAACUCAAGCAGUCUCCUCUUUCCCAAUCAUUCCCAUCUUUGAAAUGGGGCUUUUUUUUAGUGCAGGACUAAUAGAAGUUAUUUUGGUGCUACUGAAGACCAUACUGACUAUCACUCAUAUUUCUGCCUCUCUGCCUACAAUGGGUUUAGAGCAUAUCAUACUGUGGGAUUAUGGGAGGUGGGAUGCUGAUCAAGCUGCAGAAAUGAAGACAAAGAGAACUAUAAUCAUUGUCUUCAGGUGUCUGAAUGGCCAUCACCUGCAAAAGGGAUUAGACAUGCUCUAUUGGCCCCUGAGGGAAGACCAAGGGGCCAUAGGUGGAAGAUGAAGAGAGACAGAUUGAGAUGAGUCCAAGGAAAAACUUACUGUCAAUUAGAGCUGCCCCAAAGUGACCGAUCUCCCUUGGGAAAUGAUAGGUUUUUCCUCAUUCCUGAAAAUCUUUCAUUGGAGAAUAGUUUACUUGGGGGGGGGGGGUAUGGCAUAGAGGGCACUCCUGUUCAAGACUGUGUUCAGUUAGAUCACUUCUUUUUAUGACUUGGGAAUUAUGAAUAGCAAGAUUUGAAUUUGGGUUCUUUCUACCCCUUCAAGUCUUUCCCUCACUAGCAAUUCCAUAAUGUCUUCUGGUCUUCCCAGCCCUCCAAUGAAAUAUAUCCUAAAUAAACUUAGACAAUAUCCUUUUGAUUCUAUCCAUCCCUACCCUGGGUUCAUUUCCUUAGAUCCCUGAUUUCCCAGUGUUGGUGGCCCACAAUCAAUGUUGAUUUCCCAGUGGCCCACUUACGGAGGACAUAGAUUUUUAACUCUUUAAGACAAAACUGGAUAUUUUAUGCAUAGUGUGGAAGAUAUACUAGGCCAGAACACUUUAUACCAGCUAAGGGACCUUUUCUUCUAUCUAUGCACAAGGCCAGGCCUGAAUAGAUUCUCUUACCCUAUGGAACAGGAAACAGGAGAGAGAAGAAAAAGAGGGAGAGGAGUGGAGAGAAGAGGAGAAGAAUAGGAGAUUUGGAAUUGUUUAUCUCCUCAUCAAAGGUAAGAGGAAGAGGAAGGAAAGAAGCUUUGCUACUGUGAGAAAAAAAAUCUGAAUAGUUUGGGGGGAAAUGUAAUAAAACAUUUUUCUUCUCUUCCUAUAUACCAGAGAGGCAAAGCAUAGUGACUUUUUCCUUAUGUAGUGGGAUGAGGGGGAGACCUUCUUCAUAGGAUUACAGGAUCAUGGAAGUAGAGCUAUGAGGCACCGUAAUGUUUUUAUCUUGUCCCACCUCCUCAUUUUAUAGAGCAGUUAAUGAUCACUGUGGAUAAAAUAUCCAAUCUGGAUUUAGGAAAACCUGUGUUCAAAUCCUACCGUGGAUACUUAUAAUGACUGUAUGAUACUGAUCAAGUCCCUUCAACUCUCUUGGCCUUCAGUUUCCUUAUCUACAGAAUGAGGAUAAUAAUGCCUACCUCACAGAGUGGGUGUGAGGAUCAAAUGAGAUAAAAAGCUCAUUGCAAAGCUGAAAGUGCUAUAAAAAUGGUAGCUAUCAUUACCACGAAAUGAGAAGUGUAUCGUUAGCAGAUGGGGAAACCGUGUUUCCUGCGCUGGUCAAAUAGUUUGCUCAGGAUUAUACAAUUAGUAAGAAUCUGUAGCAGGACUUGACCCAGGGCUCCCUGACUUUAAAUCCAGCACUCUACAGUCUUUAUCUUCUGACUCUGCCAGCCCUGGGUUUGUGUAACCGUAUUAUUUAUGGCAAGCUGAAUUCCAGGGAGAUACUCUGCUUGUGAGCUUUGCUCCCUGAUCUAAUGGUCACAUUUGCACACCUAGUUGAUCACUGAAUGGGUAUGUUUCAGUGUGCAUGUAUAUACAUUGAAUGCAUAUAUGUAAAAAGGGAUUCUGGCCAUUUUGACUGUGCAGUGUGAAAAUGUGACUUUUGAAAACUAGUAGAAGGCACAGUAUGGGGAAGCUAGGUAGCACUUGGAGUCAGGAAGAUUCAUCUUCCUGAGUUCAAAUCUGGCCUCAGACACUUACUAGCUAUGUGGCCCUGGGUAAGUCACUUAACCCUGUUCGCCUCAGUUUCCUCAUCUGUAAAAUGAGCUGGAAGAGGACAUGGUAAACCACUCCAGUAUCUUUGCCAAGAAAGCCCCAAAUGCGGUCAUGAAGAAUUGGACACAGCCUAACAACAAAGAGGCAUAGAAAAAGCUUCAUGACAUUGAGCAAGGAGCACAAGAUUCUAUUCAACCCAAAGGCCCUGAGUUCAAGGAUCAGCUCUGCCACUUACUAUUUUUCUAACACUGGCUUCAGGUUCCUCACCUGUAAAAUAAGAGUGGGGCAAAUUAAAUGGUCUUUGAGUCCCUAUUGACUACAGAUUCCAGGAUUUUAUACUAAUGCUCUGAAUCAAUGGUCCAAGGAUGACUCUCCUGAGCAGUCUAUCACGUUGUUGUUAUUUAUUUUCCAUUGAUUUUGUAAGUUAUAAUGUGUGGGUUUGUAGUUCCUCCUCAUUUUGUUCUUAUAUUGUUUGAGCUGUAGUUUAAUAAAAAGAGAAACCAUUUUCCAAAUCUGGUUUCAUUUCAAAUCCCAUCUUCAGGACAAGAAGACACUGAGGCACCUAAGGGAAGAGACAAGAAGAAGUGGCCAGGGUUAUUGACUCUGGACUUUCCCAAUCUCUAACCUACCCAAUGUCACCAUUCAUAUCAGAUUUCUCAGUGGUAUCCCUGAGAGGCUCCUAAGUCUCCCUGGCAGAGACCAGAAUGAUUGCUAUUCAAAUCCUUUUUCUUAAUAGUUUAUCUUGGUCCUAUGAUCUCUUCCAUGAGACAUCCCCCAUUCUUCCUGGCCAAAAGUGAUUCCCACCUUCACAAAUCCCUCCUCCCUCUCUAUUGAACUUUGCUUAUGCACUGAUCCCCACUCUGACUGAUGUUAGAGUCCUUGGUGUAUAUGUGUUUACUUCGCACUAGUGUGCAAACUCCUUGAAUGCAGAACUGGGGACUUUUUAUCUUUGCAGCUCAUCUAGUGCAAAGGAUGGUGCUCUCUACAUGUUAAGUGCUUGAUAAAUGUUUGUUGAAUUAAAACAAA